GCUGUGCGCGUGGCCAGCACCCCCCCUUCCCCCGAUCCCGGACCCCGAGGCUGCGCGGGACCGGACCGACCGAGCGGAGCCGAGCGGCGGCGGGCACCAUGGGCCGAGGGCCGACGACGGCGCCCGGCGCGGCCCUGCGGCGGUGGCUGCUGCUGGGGGCUGCGACCCUGUGCCUGGCCCGGGGCGUCUUGGCGGGUGUGAAGAAGUUUGACGUGCCUUGUGGAGGGAGAGACUGCAGCGGGGGCUGCCAGUGCUACCCGGAGAAAGGAGGCCGGGGCCAGCCAGGACCCGUGGGCCCCCAGGGGUUCAGCGGGCCACCAGGGCUCCAAGGAUUCCCUGGACUUCAAGGUCGCAAAGGUGACAAGGGUGAGCGUGGAGCUCCUGGGACGACUGGACCUAAAGGAGACGUGGGGGCCAGAGGCGUGUCCGGGUUCCCAGGGGCCGAUGGAAUUCCCGGGCAUCCAGGGCAAGGCGGGCCCAGGGGAAGGCCCGGCUAUGACGGCUGCAACGGGACCAGGGGCGACGCAGGUCCACAGGGACCCUCCGGCUCUGGGGGCUUCCCCGGGUCCCCCGGGCCCCAAGGACCCAAAGGGCAGAAAGGUGAACCGUACGCCUUGUCUGAAGAGGAUCGGGGCAAGUACAGGGGCGAGACCGGAGAGCCUGGGCUGGUUGGCUUCCAGGGGCCUCCUGGCCGCCCCGGGCCUGUUGGACCCAUGGGUCCAGUUGGAGCUCCAGGAAGACCGGGACCACCUGGACCCCCUGGACCAAAAGGACAGCCAGGCAACAGAGGACUUGGUUUCUAUGGAGAAAAGGGCGAAAAGGGCGACAUCGGCCAGCCAGGACCCAAUGGCAUUCCAUCCGACACCACGCUCAUCGGGCCCACGACCACCACGUACCGCCCAGAUCAGUAUAAGGGUCAAAAGGGGAGUGAGGGAGAGCCGGGGAUUCCGGGCGUCUCGUUGAAGGGCGAGGAAGGCGUCAUGGGCUUCCCAGGAGCUCGGGGUUUUCCUGGCCUCGAUGGAGAGAGAGGAGCUCAAGGACAGAAAGGAAGCAAGGGUCUGGAUGGCUUCCAGGGCCCCGGGGGACCCAGAGGACCCAAGGGAGAACAGGGGGAACGAGGCCCCCCGGGACCACCGGCCUACUCCCCCCAUCCUUCCCUGGCCAAAGGCGACAGAGGUGACCCAGGAUUCCCAGGAGCUCAUGGGGAGCCAGGAUUCCGGGGCGAGCCAGGAGACCCCGGCACGAUGGGACCCCCAGGGCCGACCAUCGGAGUUGGAGAUGAGAGGAGAGGCCUGGUGGGCGAGAUGGGCCCCAAAGGCUUUCCCGGUGACCCAGGCCUCCCUGCCCAGUACCCUGGCCUACCUGGAGUAGACGGCAAACCCGGGCUCCCGGGAGCCCCCGGGCCUGCAGGACCACCUGGACCGGACGGUUUCCUGUUUGGCCUUAAAGGAGCAGGAGGAAGAGUGGGCUACCCCGGGCCUUCCGGCUUCCCAGGCACCCGAGGACAGAAAGGGUGGAAAGGUGACUCUGGGGACUGCAAAUGUGCAGAUGAUUUUCCCGGGGGCCUCCCCGGACGACCCGGACCCAAGGGCUUUCCAGGCAUCAACGGCGAGCCCGGAAGGAAAGGCCAGCAAGGGGACCCGGGGCAGCAUGGCAUCCCUGGGUUCCCAGGGUUCAAGGGAGCCCCUGGCCUGGCUGGAAUCCCUGGCCCCAAGGGAAUAAAAGGAGACUCAAGGACCGUCACCACCAAAGGUGAGAGGGGGCAGCCAGGGGUUCCCGGUGUGCACGGGAUGAAGGGUGAUGAUGGCGUCCCCGGGCGUGAUGGGCUCGAUGGAUUCCCGGGCCUCCCGGGCCCCCCUGGCGAUGGCAUCAAGGGCCCUCCAGGGGACUCCGGCUACCCAGGCAUUCCUGGAGCCAAGGGCUUUCCAGGAGAAGCGGGACCCCCGGGACUGGGCUUACCAGGCCCAAAGGGAGAGCGUGGUUUCCCAGGAGAUGCUGGACUGCCUGGACCCCCAGGCUUUCAGGGGCCUCCCGGACCCCCAGGAACCCCAGGACAAAUAGAUUGUGACACUGGCGUGAAAAGGCCCAUUGGAGGUGAUGGACAAGAUGCUGUUCAUCCAGAUUGCGUUGGAGGACCACAGGGAUCACCCGGCCUGCAAGGAUUCCCGGGCCCCGCAGGUGCCAAAGGCCUCAGAGGAAUACCAGGAUUCCCGGGAGCUGACGGAGCCCCAGGACUCAAGGGCUUCCCGGGAGACCCAGGUCGUGAAGGCUUCCCCGGGCCCCCAGGGUUCAUGGGACCCCGAGGAUCAAAAGGGGCCGCAGGCCUCCCAGGCCCCGAUGGAUUCCCAGGCCCCAUCGGCCUACCGGGGCCAGCUGGGCCUCCUGGGGACAGGGGCCUUCCAGGAGAAGUGCUGGGGGCCCAGCCCGGGCCGCGAGGAGAUGCCGGACUGCCUGGACACCCUGGGCUCAAAGGCCUUCCAGGAGACGUAGGCCCGCCCGGAUUCAGAGGAAGCCAAGGGAUGCCCGGCGUGCCGGGGCUCAAGGGCCAGCUGGGCCUCCCCGGACCUUCGGGUCAUCCAGGACCAACCGGACCUCCCGGACGGCACGGGUUCCCAGGAGCUCCUGGGCAAGGAGGACCCCCAGGGCUGCCAGGAGCCCCAGGUCUUGGAGGCCUGCCCGGUGACAGAGGGGAGCCUGGCGAUACUGGUGCCCCCGGCCCAGUGGGCAUGAAGGGUCUCUCCGGCGACAGAGGCGAAGCUGGCUUCUUAGGCGAGCAAGGUCACAGAGGAAACCCUGGAUUUAAAGGGAUGGCCGGCAUGCCUGGCUCCCCUGGGCAGAAAGGAGAGCGUGGCUCACCUGGAAUGGAUGGCUUCCAGGGAAUGAUCGGACUCACAGGAAGACCUGGCUUCCCAGGCUCCAAAGGAGAGGCUGGGUUUUUUGGAAUACCUGGUCUGAAGGGCUUACCGGGCCAGCCAGGUGUUAAAGGCAACCGAGGAGACCCUGGUCCCCCAGGACCGCCACCCAUCAUCCUGCCGGGGAUGAAGGACAUUAAGGGGGAGAAAGGAGACGAGGGACCCAUGGGCCUAAAGGGUUACCUGGGCUUAAAAGGUAUCCAAGGAAUGCCAGGGGUCCCGGGGCUGGCAGGAAUCCCAGGCUUACCCGGGAGGCCCGGUCACAUCAAAGGAACCAAAGGAGACAUCGGAGUCCCCGGCGUACCCGGGCUGCCAGGAUUCCCCGGCGUGUCUGGGCCUCCUGGAAUUGUAGGGUUCCCAGGAUUCACAGGAAGCAGGGGUGACAAAGGUGCUCCUGGCAGAGAAGGCCUCUACGGUGAGACUGGCCAAACAGGGGACUUAGGUGAUGUCGGAGACACCAUAGACCUACCAGGAAGUCCAGGACUGAAAGGGGAACGGGGCCUUACUGGCACACCAGGUGUCAAGGGAUUCUUCGGAGAGAAAGGAACAGAGGGCGAUGUGGGCUUUCCUGGGAUAACAGGCCUGACCGGAGCCCAAGGCCCCCCCGGACCUAAAGGACAGUCAGGCUUCCCGGGGCUUGCUGGGCUGCAGGGUCCGCAGGGCGACCCGGGGCGGAUCGGAGUGCCCGGUGAGAAAGGAGACUAUGGCUGGCCAGGCAGUCCAGGCUUGCCAGGUUUUCCCGGAUUCCGCGGCAUCGGUGGCUUACACGGCCUGCCAGGCACCAAAGGCUUCCCUGGAGCGCCAGGUGCCGACAUCCACGGAGACCCGGGGUUGCCAGGCCCCAUCGGGGAGAGGGGUGAACCCGGAGAGGCCAAUACCCUUCCAGGCCCAGUGGGGGCCCCAGGCCAGAAAGGACAGCAGGGAGUGCCAGGUGAGCGAGGCCCAGCUGGGAGCCCAGGCCUGCAGGGCUUCCCCGGCAUCAGCCCCCCUUCCAACAUCUCUGGACUGCCGGGUGACGUAGGAGCCCCAGGGAUCUUCGGCCUAGAAGGAUACCGAGGCCCGCCAGGACCCCCUGGGCCUGCCGCUCUUCCUGGGAGCAAAGGAGAGGAGGGAAGGCCCGGAGCCUCGGGAAUCACCGGGUCCAAAGGAUGGGUUGGGGACCCAGGGCCCCAGGGCCGGCCUGGCGUGUUUGGUCUACCAGGAGAAAAAGGGCCAAAGGGCGAGCCAGGGCUUAUGGGCAACACUGGACCUUCCGGGCCUGUGGGUGACAGAGGCCCCAAGGGGCCCAAAGGAGACCAAGGAUUCCCCGGCGCUCCUGGCUCUGUGGGGUCCCCUGGCAUCGCGGGACAGCCCCCGAAGUUUGCUGUGCAGCCCGGAGCACUGGGUCCCCAGGGGCGGAGAGGCCCGCCUGGGGCUCAGGGGGAGAUGGGGCCCCAGGGGCCUCCUGGAGAGCCAGGUUUUCGAGGGACCCCAGGGAAGGCUGGACCUCAGGGAAGAGGUGGCGUGUCUGCUGUUCCAGGGUUCCGGGGAGACCAAGGCCCCAUGGGGCACCAGGGCCCAAUUGGACAAGAGGGGGAACCAGGCCGUCCGGGGAGCCCUGGCCUGCCUGGCAUGCCUGGGCGCAGCACCAGCAUCGGCUACCUCUUGGUGAAGCACAGCCAGACGGACCAGGAGCCCAUGUGCCCAGUAGGCAUGAAUAAGCUGUGGAGCGGCUACAGUCUGCUGUACUUUGAAGGCCAGGAGAAGGCUCACAACCAGGACCUGGGGCUGGCUGGCUCCUGCCUGGCACGCUUCAGCACCAUGCCCUUCCUGUACUGCAACCCGGGCGACGUGUGCUACUAUGCCAGCCGCAACGACAAGUCCUACUGGCUGUCCACCACCGCCCCACUGCCCAUGAUGCCCGUGGCCGAGGACGAGAUCCAGCCCUACAUCAGCCGCUGCUCCGUGUGCGAGGCACCGGCAGUGGCCAUUGCUGUCCACAGCCAAGACGUCUCCAUACCCCACUGCCCCGCCGGCUGGCGCAGCCUGUGGAUCGGCUACUCCUUCCUCAUGCACACAGCCGCUGGGGAUGAGGGCGGCGGCCAAUCGCUGGUGUCGCCGGGCAGCUGUCUGGAGGACUUCCGCGCCACGCCCUUCAUCGAGUGUAACGGGGCCCGAGGGACCUGCCACUACUUCGCCAACAAGUACAGCUUCUGGCUGACCACCAUCCCCGAGCAGAGCUUCCAGAGCUCACCCUCGGCCGACACGCUGAAGGCCGGCCUCAUCCGCACGCACAUCAGCCGCUGCCAGGUGUGCAUGAAGAACCUGUGAGGCCCCGGGCAGCAGCGGCCACGCCGGAGGCUACUUGGUGCUUAUUCUUAACUUAUUACCUCAGAUGCUUUCCCCACACUAUCUCAGUAUUGCCUUCAAAAACCAAAGGACCACAGCACUGCCCUGACCCCCGUCGGCUCCUUGGUCAGCAAGUGGGCCCUGGUCAGUCAGGACCUGCCCCUGACACUGCAGAUACCCGGCACAGCCCAUGCAUUUCCCCCACUCCUCAUACUAAACCACAGAGCUAGCACUGUAGCCGCCAGUAACAGUCCCUGCCUAUCAGUGCCUUCCGGGACGAGGCACUCUCCGUGACAGCAGAAGAGAGCGUGUGGCCAAGGAGGGCCGAGGCCAGGCCGCCCGCUCCCCGCCACCUGUCCCCCACCAUAAGCAUGGUGCUAUUUUUCAGGCCACGUGGAAGGCCUUGGUGUUUUACAUGCGGGAGUGAGCUCUCAGGCCCCCGCACCAGAACUGUCAGGCUUGUCAUGUUGAGACACUGACAGCCAUCUACAUCCUCCAUAUGCCCUUGGGGACCGUGGGGCUGGCCUUUCUGGCCACUGCCGGCUUGAUGUCCCCAGCCUGCAUCCUCCUGGAUGAACACGGGCCCCAGCCCUCCCCCUCUGCCCUGCCCAAGCUGUCUGUCCUCGCCCAACUGUCCCGUGUAACAACAUAAAUAAAAGUGAUGCUGAGCGUUUCUAACCUGG